UUACUCUGUGCUCAAAAUUGAAAGAUAAUCGUAAACGCAAUCUUUGAAUGUGUUUCUUUGAUGUGUUUACAUAUUUGUCAUUGAUUAUAUUUUAAGAAACAAAAAUAUUAUAUUCCCAUAGAAACUAUAUAAACAACAUGUCUAAAAAAUCAAUCACUUUGGAUAUUGAUCCGACGAUAAUGGAGAGAAAUAUGAAAAUCAUUAAAGACAAUCCAGUGGAAGAGGAGUUCAAUAAACUGCUAGCUUCUGUAGAAACCACCCCAUCAAAGCUUGUUAAACCAAGACCAGGGUUUUGUGUGAAAACUUAUACAAAGCCAGAUAACAAGAAAGUUUUUGUGAAUAUAUGUCUGACAGAAGCAAUACCAUGUCCUAGGGAUAUCACAAAUAAUGAGCUUAUGCAAAUUCUCAGUUCAGAUGAUCCAUCCAGUUAUAGAGUACCUAUGAGCCUAGGUGAGGGCAGGACUGAGCAGGACAAAUCCGGAGCACCGGCUACAGUUUAUGAUGUUGCUAUAAAUCCAGAAUUCUUCAAGAAAAUAGAAAAGGAUGAUUUAUUCCAAACAUUUUUCCUCACUGUCGUUUUUGAAGGAUUACAAGAUAAAUACCAGUUUGAAAUAGACAUAACUAAAUACACUAUUUUGAAACACAGGAAAUCUAUAGGUACUCUGCAAUCUCACAGGAUUCAGAUUAGGGAUAUCAAAACAUGUGAAGAGAAAACAAGAUCACCCUUGAUAGAGGAAAUUCAGGAUAAGCCAGCAAAAGUUACUGAAGUGAAUGUGACAAAAAAGAAAGAAAUAGUUUAUAGACUAAGAAGGGAACCACCCACAGGAGAAAUAGAAUAUUUAUUAGCAGAAUUCAGGAUACCAGCUUCUAUGGAGCUUAAAGAUAUGAAAUUGGAAGUAGGCGAGGACCGUUUAGUUCUGGAUUCGAAAGGUGCAUUCGAUGUGGUCGACUUUUUCUUGCCCUGCAGUGUAGAUCAGGAUGUUAUUGACGCUAAACUCAAUAGAAACAACGAUAUGUUGCUGGUCAAAAUGCCUGUUAUACAUUAGAAAUAUAUAAUAAAUGUGACCAAUCCUUAGCUUCGUUUAACAGACAAGUAAAAUCUCAUUUUCUUAGUAGUUACUCUUUCCCUUUCUUUAUUUCUUUUGUCAUUUUACUAGAUUCGUCAUAUUUCCUUAUGUGUGCUAUGUAUAUAUUUAUAUGUGUAUGUAUAUGUAGUAUACAUUAUUUGUUAUAAGUAGUUUAAUAAAUAAUAUGUUCUUGAUGUUUUUGUGCAUUAUAAGUUUUUGUAUUUUAUGUACGUAUAAAUUAUUUAUUCACUCUUGCGCCACCUACCCACUUCUAUAUGAUCUUCUUUUACCACAAGUCGUCUGUAAGAGAUUGCUCUAACGAUAAGACCGCCUUUUGUACCUUUAUGUGUAUAUUUCAAUCUGUACUUCAUGUAAAUAAUUCAAGUGAAAUACAGUAGGUAUUUCACUUGAAUUAUUUACAUAUCAUUGUUUAUGUUUUCGGUGCAAUAAAGAGUUAAAUAAAUAAAUAAUUUAUAUAUUAUUUUGUAAUUUCGUCAAUAUUUAAAAUAAAAUACCUAUAUUGAG